AGGUCACGUGAACCUGGAGAAGUGACGUCCGGAAAGAGCCCCACUCCCUUUCCAGUGCCACUGAGGUUUCUUGACCUUUUACCUUGCUUUCCUUGGCGAGGAGCCGCUCAGGGACCUCCCCUGGCUCGCAGCAGGGGAUUCGUCCGUCCGGCGGGCGGGACCGGCGUCCGGGAUUGCAGCGGGUCACGUGAGGAGCGGCGGCGGGACGGGGCGGGGCCUGCCGGGGGCGGGGCCGAGGCUGGCAGGCUGGGCUCUUAGGGCCGGUCGGCGCCCGAGCUGCGGACUCACUCGGGUGUCUGUCACUUCUGUCGCCACCUCCUCUGCCACCAACCCUGACCACCGUCAUGAACCCCGACCUGCGCAAGGAGCGGGCCGCCGCCGCCUUCAAUCCGGAGUUAAUCACGCACAUCUUGGAUGGCAGUCCCGAGAACACCCGGCGCCGUCGAGAAAUCGAGAACUUGAUUCUGAACGACCCCGACUUCCAGCAUGAGGACUAUAACUUCCUCACUCGAAGCCAGCGUUACGAGGUGGCCGUUAAGAAGAGUGCCACCAUGGUGAAGAAGAUGAGGGAAUUUGGCAUUUCAGACCCUGAAGAAAUCAUGUGGUUUAAGAACUCUGUGCACCGAGGGCAUCCUGAGCCUUUGGAUCUUCACUUGGGCAUGUUCCUGCCCACAUUGCUUCACCAGGCCACCGAAGAGCAGCAGGAGCGUUUCUUCAUGCCAGCCUGGAAUUUGGAGAUCACGGGCACUUAUGCGCAGACAGAGAUGGGCCAUGGAACUCAUCUCCGAGGCUUAGAAACCACUGCCACAUAUGACCCCAAGACCCAGGAGUUCAUUCUCAACAGCCCCACUGUGACUUCCAUUAAGUGGUGGCCCGGGGGACUUGGGAAGACUUCGAAUCAUGCCAUAGUCCUGGCUCAGCUCAUCACUCAAGGGGAGUGCUACGGCUUACACGCCUUUGUUGUCCCUAUCCGUGAAAUUGGGACCCACAAGCCCUUGCCAGGCAUCACUGUUGGGGAUAUCGGCCCAAAGUUUGGUUAUGAAGAGAUGGAUAAUGGCUACCUGAAGAUGGACAAUUACCGUAUUCCUAGAGAGAACAUGUUGAUGAAAUAUGCCCAGGUGAAGCCUGACGGUACAUAUGUAAAGCCUUUGAGUAACAAGCUGACGUAUGGGACCAUGGUUUUCGUAAGGUCCUUCCUCGUGGGAACUGCAGCUCAGAGUCUGUCCAAGGCUUGCACCAUUGCCAUACGAUACAGUGCAGUGAGGCGCCAAUCUGAAAUCAAGCCAAGUGAACCAGAACCACAGAUUCUGGACUUUCAAACCCAGCAGUAUAAACUCUUCCCGCUCCUGGCCACUGCCUAUGCCUUCCACUUUGUAGGAAGAUACAUGAAGGAGACCUACCUUCGAAUUAAUGAGAGCAUUGGCCAAGGGGACCUGAGUGAGCUGCCUGAGCUUCAUGCCCUCACCGCUGGACUGAAGGCUUUCACUACCUGGGUAGCCAAUGCUGGUAUUGAAGAAUGUCGGAUGGCUUGCGGUGGGCACGGCUAUUCUCACUGCAGUGGGAUUCCAAACAUUUACGUCACUUUCACCCCAGCCUGCACCUUCGAGGGCGAGAACACGGUUAUGAUGUUGCAGACAGCCAGGUUCUUGAUGAAAAUCUAUGACCAGGUGCAGUCGGGGAAGCUGGUGGGCGGUAUGGUGUCCUACUUGAAUGACCUGCCGAGUCAGCGUAUCCAGCCACAGCAGGUGGCAGUCUGGCCAGCUGUGGUGGACAUCAACAGCCUGGACAGUCUGACAGAAGCCUACAAGCUCCGUGCAGCCAGAAUGGUAGAAAUUGCUGCAAAAAACCUUCAGACUCAAGUGAGUCACAGGAAGAGCAAGGAAGUAGCAUGGAACUUGACUUCUGUCGACCUUGUUCGGGCAAGUGAGGCGCACUGCCACUACGUGACCGUUAAGGUCUUUUCAGAUAAACUCCCCAAGAUUCAAGACAAAGCCGUACAAGCUGUGCUGAGGAGUCUGUGUCUCUUAUACUCUCUCUAUGGAAUCAGCCAGAAAGGAGGAGAUUUUCUUGAGGCGAACAUCAUCACAGGGGCUCAGAUAUCACAAGUGAACAGUCGGAUACUGGAGUUGCUCACACUGAUCCGCCCCAAUGCUGUUGCUUUGGUCGAUGCCUUUGACUUUAAAGAUGAGACACUUGGUUCUGUUCUCGGCCGUUAUGAUGGGAAUGUGUAUGAGAACUUGUUUGAGUGGGCCAAGAAAUCCCCACUGAACAAGACAGAGGUCCACGAGUCCUACUACAAGCACUUGAAGCCUCUGCAGUCCAAACUCUGAAGCUUCCCAGGGACAAGUCUGAGCUCCGCAGAGCGCAGAAAACCUCUCCUUGAUUCACCGAUCCUUGUGAAAUCCUCAUCAAAUUUGUGUAGUUGUAGAGCAAAUGAUGAUUCCUCUCUAUAAGUAAAGAGAGCUUCCCAGACUUUAGGGAUUAAAUGAGAAAGUCAGCGUCUUAUGUGCAGCAGCGCAGACAGACGUGGGAACUCAGAAAGUAAAGCUUUGGAGCUGGGGUCUGACUUGCAUUAAUUUGUUCUGCUGCUAAUCUGUGUAGGCCUUGACUCUGGGGGAAUGAACAGGAGUUUAACUACAAAAUACUUAGUUAUUUUCACAUUUUUACUGCUAAUCACUGGAUAUAUGUUUUUUAAACAAAGGUGUUAUAUAGAGUAGCACUUGACAGGCUUUUUUGCCUUGCACUUUCUGAUCUACCACUAAGGACAGGAGUUUGGGGCCCAGAAACUAAUAGAAACCCUGAUGUGGGUGUGUGGCCAUUACAUAUGCCCCUGCUACCUGCUGUGUGGGUGUGUCAUUCCUAAUAACUGUCACAUUAACAUAGUCAACAAGAGGACUCCUUAAACACCCACCCACCAAGAAACCAGAGCUCCCAGGAGUGAGCACCCACUCCCGGCUCAGCCUUCCUGGCAGUGGCACCACACCUUUGACCCCAAUUACUGACACAGUUAAGUUGCUUGUCUUUACGCCAGGCCUUUGGCCAAUUCCUUGACUUCAAUCAUGGUGGCUGACCUUCCCUUUCUUGCUUGCCUUCUCCUGAAAGAGAUAAUAGAGACAAUAGUCAGUCUUUCCUCAUUAAGUGUGGGGAGAGCCCUCGCUUUUGGUAUUCCUGUAUUUUGGUGUCUUUGUUAAGUAAAUUUCCUGGGACAAUCCAGAUUUGAAAGAUUCUGUCUUCUUGUUGUCAUAAGCUAUUAAAAUGCUUGGUGGUUAUCAAAGUAUUUGACAUUAAAAAAAAACAAUCACUCAGGUCCCCUUUUAUACCAGAAAUAGCAGGGAAGCCCCAGGCCACAGCUGUCUGCUUAGAGUGUUAGGUGAGAGGAGGGAUCGUUGAAGCCGGUUGAAGCCUGAGUGCAGGCUUUGGGGAGCUUCUGCUGAGUAGCUGGCUUUGUGGGAAGCGGCUAGCAGCCUUAUGGCGCCUUCAGAGCAAAGCAGCCCCUACAAUCAUUCUGACCUUAAAGGUGGAAUAUGUACCUUUUGUGGUAUGUGUGUGUAUGCAUUUUUUGUGUGGUGACUUUUUUUCUUGAGACAGGGCCCAGAGUGGCCUUGACCUCUGAUCCUCGGCCUCCCAAAUGCUGGGGUUACAGGUGUGCGCUGACAUGCCUGGCUAAUCGGAACUCUUUGUUCUUGGAAGCACAGUAUAGAAUCACUGUGACCUAUCCAGUCUGUAUCUGGCAUUUGCAUCGUGAGAACAGUUCUGAGAGAGAACGCAGCAUAAACGGAGUGGAAAUGAUGUCGACCUCUGUCGUAAAAUCAAAAAACCAUUGACACAAGCCUUAACCUUUCUCCUGGAACGACUGAUAGUCCCUGAAGAUUGACAACAAGCAUCCUGUCACCUUGUUGGGGUUUCUAUUGACAGCAAUUCAUAUUCUGGAAAAUAAUAAAUAAAUUUAAAUGACUGAA